AUGAAGUUCGGUAAGUCGACAUUUUGGGCUUUAAUAACAUCUGACAUUAUCCACACUGGAUUUAGGGCAAAUCUCGUGCAGUGGAUCACAGAGAAUAAUCGACCUGUGAAUAUAAUUAAUGAUCGUGCACUUCGUGACCUCCUGCUUUCUGGACGCCCUAAUAUUGAACUGCCAUCAUAUUUUACAAUCUCUCGUGAUAUUCGGGCAUCAUUUGAAAAGUGCCAAGAAUUGUCAUUUGCAAUUAUCCAUUCAACUACCAAGGCACUCCCUAUCUGGCGUUCUCGCUGCAACAAGGCUGAUCUCAAAGCAAACCUAAUCCCACGAGAUGUCGUCACACGGUGGAACUCCACACAUGACAUGCUGCAUUUUGCAGUCAAGUACCGGAAGCCCAUCAAGAAGAUUACUGGCGACAAGAAACUGCCCAAUUUCCGCAAAUAUCGAUUGGAAGAUGAUGAAUGGACUGUCGUCGAGGAACUUGUCACUGUACUGGAGCGUUACAAGCAGGCUACACUCUUUUUUUCGCGCAACUCGGCCAGUGUCUUUGCAGUCAUACCUGCGAUGGACAAACUUGAUAGCCACAUGAGCAAUGUCGAGACGAAAGAGGAGUUCCAACCAGCCAUCCGAGCCGCAAUGAAACUUGCUCGCAAGAAAAUGGAUAGAUACUGGAAAAUGACUGAUGACUCAAACACGUAUCGCAUUGCAACAGUUCUCCACCCUGGUCUGAAGCUUGAAUAUUUCCGA